GGAAUAUGGCGUUCAUCUGCGUCUUGCAAGUGAUGAAACCAAAAAGUCAAGAAAUUCUCAGCACUCGAAGGCAGGCUCCUAUGGUGUCAGCAUUAGGGUGCAGGGAAUUGAUGGCCACCCCUACAUAGUCCUGAAUAACACAGAGCGGUGUUUAGCAGGUCCAUCUUUUUCUGAAAAUGGGCCAUCGUUUUCAUCUCCAAUGAUGAAUAACCUGCCUCUACAUUCCAGCAACGGGUCCCUGCUAACGGAGAACAGUGCAGAAGAACUGCAGCUCCCAGAAAACCCGUAUGCUCCGCCAAACCCAAUCCGAAACCUGAAACAGCCUUCUCUCCAUGAGGGCAGGAAUGGCGUUCUAGAUUACAAAGAUGGGCUGAUGAAGCCAACCCACAUGCUGAACUUCCAGAAGCAUCCAGAGCUUUUGCAGCCCUAUGACCCCGAAAAGAAUGAGCCGAACUUGCAAAAUCACCAACCUUCUGAGAGUAAUUGGCUACAAACUUUAACAGAAGAAGGUACAAACAGUAAGAAGCCUUGGACUUGCUUUCCUAAACCAAGCCAUUCCCAGCCUACCAGCCCUCCCUUGGAAGACUUGCCCAAAUCCAGUGUGACUGCCAUUCGUUUGUGUAGCUCCGUGGUCAUAGAUGACCCCAAAAAGCAGACCUCGGUAUGUGUGAAUGUUCAGAGCUGCACUAAGGAGGGGAUGGUAGAUGAGACCCUUUCCCCUAGCGGGAGGUCCCUGACUGCCCACAGCUCACAUUCCCACCCCGAAACCAAGAAAACCAGGCCAGAUGUCCUUCCCUUCCGGCGACAAGAUUCAGCGGGACCUGUCCUGGAUGGAACUCGGUCACGGAGGUCUUCCUCGUCAUCAACAACUCCCACGUCAGCCACCUCCUUGUACCGAUUUCUACUUGAUGAUCAGGAAUGUGCCAUCCAUGCUGAUAAUGUGAAUCGUCAUGAAAAUAGAAGGUAUAUCCCCUUCUUGCCUGGGACUGGGCGGGACAUUGAUACAGGAUCAAUUCCUGGUGUGGACCAGUUAAUUGAGAAAUUUGACCAAAAACCUGGGCUUCAGAGAAGAGGAAGGUCUGGGAAGCGAAACAGAAUCAAUCCAGAUGACAGGAAAAGAUCCAGAAGUGUGGAUAGUGCCUUUCCUUUUGGUCUGCAGGGGAACCCGGAAUACUUAAUGGAGUUUAGUAGGAACUUGGGCAAGUCAAGCGAACACCUCCUCCGACCAUCCCAGGUGUGCCCGCAGAGGCCCCUGUCUCAGGAACUCCGUGGGAAACAAAGCACGGGCCGCGCCCUGGCCAGGCUGCAGGGAGCAGCAUCUGGUGCUCACUCUGCUCACCCCAGACCUCCCCAGCAGAACAAAGAUGGGAAAGUUCCAGAAAACAAAGGUGGUCAGGAAAGUACAGUGAUUCGUGCAUCCUCACUCCCAGCACAGAGUAAAAAGGAAGAGGAAAUAAAAACAGCCACUGCUACGUUGAUGUUACAGAAUCGGGCAGUAGCAACUUCAUCUGAUUCUGGUGCCAAGAAAAUUUCUAUGAAGACGUUUCCUUCCACCUCACAUACUCAGGCCACACCAGAUCUCUUAAAGGGCCAGCAAGAACUCACUCAGCAGACCAACGAAGAGACUGCCAAGCAGAUACUUUACAAUUACCUCAAAGAAGGAAGCUCCGAUAAUGAUGAUGCCACUAAAAGAAAAGUCAACUUGGUCUUUGAGAAAAUCCAGACUUUAAAGUCUCGAGCAGCAGGGAGUGCACAAGGAAAUAAUCAAGUGUCAAAUUCUUCAUCCGAAGUUAAAGAUCUAUUGGAACACAAAAACAAGUUGACUUUAGAAGUGGCUGAACUUAAGAGACAGCUUCAACUAGAAGUUAAGAAUCAACAGAACAUCAAAGAAGAGAGAGAGAGAAUGAGAACAAGCCUAGAAGAGCUCCGCAACCAACAUGCCAGUAAGGUGGAAGAAAACUCCUUGUUGCAGCAACGACUGGAAGAAAGUGAAGGGGAGCUCCGGAAAAACCUAGAGGAGCUAUUCCAGGUGAAGAUGGAGCGAGAACAGCACCAGACUGAGAUCAGGGAUCUCCAGGACCAGCUCUCAGAAAUGCAUGAUGAACUGGACAGUGCCAAACAAUCCGAGGACAGGGAAAAGGGGGCUCUGAUUGAGGAGCUCCUACAGGCAAAACAGGAUCUUCAGGAUCUACUGAUUGCCAAAGAGGAGCAAGAAGACCUCUUGAGAAAGCGGGAGCGUGAACUCACUGCCCUGAAGGGAGCCUUGAAGGAAGAGGUUUCUAGCCACGAUCAGGAGAUGGACAAACUAAAGGAACAGUACGAUGCUGAACUGCAGGCCCUGAGGGAGAGUGUGGAGGAAGCAACCAAGAAUGUCGAGGUGCUGGCCAGCCGAAGCAAUGCUUCAGAGCAAAACCAGGUGGGGGCUGAGCUGCGUGUGAAGGUUCUAAAAGAAGAGAAUGAGAAACUACAGGGAAGAAUUGGGGAGCUGGAAUGGAGACUUGCUCAGCUUCAGAGACAGAUUGAUGACAUGAAAGACGAUGAAGCCAAAGCACAGGAAAUGCUCAAGAAGUACGAGGAAGAAACACGGCAACUAGAAGAGGCCCUUGUGCAUGCAAAAAAGGAAGAAAAAGAGGCCAUGUCAGCAAGAAGGACCUUGGAAAGUGAGCUAGCAGAUGCUCAGCGAACUCUGAGUCGGACCACUCAGGAGCAAAAGCAGGUGUCUGAGAAGCUAAAAGAAGAGACUGAGCAGAAGGAGCAAUUACGGAGGCUGAAGAAUGAGAUGGAGAAUGAGCGCUGGCACCUCGACAAGACCAUCGAGAAACUGCAGAAGGAGAUGGCCGACAUUGUGGAAGUGUCCCGCACAUCAACACUAGAGCUCCAGAACCAACUGGAUGAGUACAAGGAGAAAAAUCGCAGGGAGCUUGCCGAAAUGCAAAGGCAGUUGAAGGAGAAAACCCUGGAGGCAGAGAAAUCCCGACUCACUGCCAUGAAAAUGCAGGAUGAGAUGCGCCUGAUGGAAGAGGAGCUGCGGGACUACCAGAGAGCUCAGGAUGAAGCACUCACAAAAAGGCAGCUUCUGGAGCAGACGCUGAAAGACCUGGAGUACGAGCUGGAGGCCAAGAGUCACCUCAAAGAUGACCGCAACAGGCUGGUGAAGCAAAUGGAGGACAAAGUAUCUCAGCUGGAGAUGGAACUGGAAGAAGAAAGAAACAACUCAGAUUUGCUGUCUGAGAGGAUCGCUCGGAGCAGGGAACAGAUGGAGCAGACGAGGAACGAGCUCCUUCAGGAAAGAGCUGCAAAGCAAGACCUGGAGUGUGACAAGAUUUCCCUGGAGAGACAGAACAAAGACUUAAAGAGCCGGAUUAUCCACCUGGAAGGUUCCUACAGGUCCAGCAAAGAGGGGCUAGUGGUGCAGAUGGAGGCCAGGAUCGCGGAGCUGGAGGACCGUCUGGAGAGUGAGGAGAGGGACAGGGCCAACCUGCAGCUCAGCAACCGGCGGCUAGAGCGGAAAGUGAAGGAGCUGGUGAUGCAGGUGGAUGAUGAGCACUUGUCGCUAACCGAUCAGAAGGACCAGCUGAGCUUGCGCCUGAAAGCAAUGAAGCGACAGGUGGAGGCGGCCGAGGAGGAAAUCGACAGACUGGAAAGUUCUAAAAAGAAGCUGCAGCGGGAGCUGGAGGAGCAGAUGGAUAUGAACGAGCAGCUGCAGGGGCAGCUCAGUUCCUUGAAGAAGGACUUAAGACUGAAGAAACGGCCGAAUAAAGUGCUGGACGACAUGGAUGACGACGAUGACCUCAGCACUGAUGGAGGGAGCCUCUAUGAGGCACCACUGAGCUACACCUUCCCCAAGGACAGCGCCGCCAGCCAGAUCUGAGGCCACUUCCGGGGUUGUUGACAUGGCCCAUCCUUACCAGGAGCUCUGCAGCUGCCCCAAGCCGGAGACAGGAACAGGAGCAUCCUCCUGGAGCUGAGACCCAUUGCCGCCUCCUCACAGGGCAUGCCACUUUCUCAAUGCUGCGUUCCUCUCUAGGGUCCCCACGUGGGUAGGAGGCUCUUGGGUCUCAGACAGGGAGCUAUUGCAGUUUAAAACGCUGGGGUACCUGAGGAGGAGCAGUCACCCCCCACUGGGGGCUCUGGAAAGUAGAAGCAGGAUGAAGCUCCUGUUCUGCGCGGCUCUCUGCCAUUACCAUUUACAUCACAUGCUACAGAGGCUUUGCAGGGUGGCUUGUUUGUAAAGUUCACACAUCUGUAUUGAGUAUUCUUAAAAAUACCAAGCUACUAGAUUUUAAGUAUUAAGGAGCAGAGGCAAGAGAAAAAGAAGGUAGAUGAAAGGUCACUUUGGAAAUCGGAGCUGAAGAAAAGGAAUUUUGGCAGCGAUAAUGAACAACACUGAUGAUAGAAAUUCACAUGGUUCGGGUAAACAACGCAGACUGACGGGGAGAGACUCCAUUGUAUCCAGGGGCUGUAUCUAUGGCCUUGGUCGCUUCUUUUAUUAGAAUGGUAUUAUACUUCUAAGCCAUGCUGAGACCAAA